GUUCAUAUUGCUGUUAUCGCCGAUCCUCAGAUUAUAGAUGCAUACACAUAUGAUCAACAGCCGGGACUGAUGCUAUAUUUGACGGAAAUCAUUUCAGAUAACUACAUGAAACGCAACUAUCGAUUAAUUCAGCAAGUGUUACGCCCUCAUCAUGUUAUAUUUCCAGGAGACAUGACGGAUGGCGGAAGAGAGUGGAAAGAUGAUCGGUAUAAGCGAGAACUUAAUAGACUACAACUUAUUUUUGCCAAGCUAGAUUCAAAACUUACCACAAUGGGAGUUCCGGGAAACCAUGAUAUUGGUUUUGGAGACACGGUUGUAAACUACGCAUAUCAGCGGUUCAAGUCAUCAUUUGGAACCAUAAACUCGGUUAUUACAAUUGCAAACCACCAAAUCAUUUGUUUAGACACAGUAUCACUAUCAAGUAAACGAGACACUCCGGCGAAAUUAGAGGCGGUUAAAUUUAUGGAAGAGUUUGAGAUGUUGUCCAGCACCAAUCGUAACAUGCGAAACAUCCUUGUCACUCAUGUGCCGCUGUAUCGACCUGCAAAUGCAGAUUGUGGUCCACGUAGAACUACACCACCAAUACGUAAUAUGUAUGGUUUCCAAUUUCAAAAUCUGGUUCAGCCAAAACUAACACGGGAGAUUCUCUCUAAAUUUAAACCCGAGCUGAUUCUCUCUGGCGAUGACCAUGAUGAUUGUGUGUUGAUUUGCCUUGCAAAAAUAUGUGAAGCUUUUCACUCUAUUGGAACAUUUUCAUUUUUACAAGGGAAUCCAUAUCCUAGUUUUGGUGUUUUGUCACUUCGAUCAGCCGGCGCACCUCCGUAUCACCAUGACACACCCAGCCUUGCUCUACACAUUUGUAGUCUCCCUCCACAAAAGUAUAUAUAUAUUUGGUAC